CCUUCCGAUUUAAUUGUUCAAUUUUUUUUCUUUUGAUAAUUUUAUCAGAGUAAUGUUUUGUACAGUAGCGUUGCCCAUUGAAUAAAUCACAGGUGUGUUCCGUGUCUAAACGUGACAUGCCAUUCGCGUAUUUCAUUCAAACAUGUUUUAAAAAAUAAAAAAAACUCUUGAAUGGACGUAAAGUGAGAAGCACUCCCACGCCAACUUGGUGUUCCUUGCCAAAGUAUACAGUUCAGUUGCCUUGCACAGUGAACACGGAAGACAGCAAUUGUGAUCAUUCAGGUUAGUCGUAUUAUUUCAGAAAACGAUAGCACUAUUAAUGGAUAACCAAUUCGGAAAGCUUCCAGCCGACAACGCAGUGAAUACAAAGUUGUUUCUGGAGUCACCUUUUUGUUGACUGCCUGGGGUCAAAAGUAUUUGCUCCUAUCAAAUCAGACAUCAGUGGCAAUAUAACAAAAAUCUGAGGUGUGUUUGACAAGGACCCUGCCAAGUAUGCAACUCUACAGCAGAUAGUGGAGGCAGAGAAGGAGACACAUCGCACAGAGUGGCCCGAAGUGGGAGCCACCUUGGCCCUAAUGUGGCUGAAGAGAGGUCUCUGUUUCAUCCAGAUCCUGCUGCAGAGCUUGGCAGACGGAGAGAAAGACGAGAACAACCCUAACCUCAUCCGUGUUAACAUCACCAAAGCCUACGACCAGGCCCUGAAGAAAUACCACGGCUGUCUCGUGCAGAAGAUCUUUAAGGCGGUGUUGCUUGCAGCACCCUACAAGUCAGACUUUAUCAAGGCCCUGUCAAAAGGUCAAGAGGUCACAGAGGAGGACUGCAUGGCUAGUGUACGCCAGUUCCUCGUCAAUUUCACAGCCACUGUGGAUGCCAUCUAUGAGAUGUGCACAACGCUGAAUGCAGAGCUGGACUAUAGCGUGUGAUGUUGUCCCCCAAACCGGACUGCAGCAGCAUCCUGCUUGUUACUUUCUUUGUCUUCUGUUUUUCGUCCUUUCUCUCAGGUGAUGGGACAUUCCAUCUUUUGAAGGUUGAGGAUUCUAUUUCAAAGAAGACGUUUUCAUCCGGGGCACCAUUUUUAUUAUUACUUUUCUGUCCCUCCUUUUAAAUCCCUCCCUACUGAAUGUUAAUAGUUUGGCCCCUGAUGAGUUGCUGCUGGACAGAAAGUGGCAUAUUCCGUGUUGUGUUUUUUAAUUCGUACAGGUCUAGCACAGCUCUUGGUGCGGUCUGAUGCUGUUACACAUGAUUCACCACAGGUAAGAGACAUUCAGAAGUGAUAUCCUGAGAUCUGGUCAGUGUUAUUUUAAUACAGCAUCUCUUUCUCUGUGGGAGGGGAGAAUAUUCCUGCUAUUGAUUCGCAUUGCACAUGACUCAUAAAAUUCCUACUGUAACUCUGCCAAGAAAUGUGAGAUAAUGCCCUCACUGCCUGGUAGCUACUGGGAAGUCAACUGUCCCAUGCCUUUAAAGAUUAUAACCACCAUUAGUGGUUUUAGUGACUUCAAAUCACAUUUUAUUAGUCACAUGCAACAGAUACAACAGAUACAGUGAAAUGCUUACUUACGAGUCCCUAACCAACAAUGCAGUUUAAAAAAAAAAUACGGAUAAG